AUGGGGUGGAAGAGCGCAGCAACGUUGCUGUCAGUCGCUGGCCUGAUCACAUCAGCGACAGCAGCAUCGAAAGAGCCAGACUGGACCACCAAACACGAAGCCGGCCGCUGCGCAAUCCGCGGUCAAUGUGGCAAGCAGAGCUUCUUCGGCUCAGAGCUGCCUUGUCCAGACAAUGGACUGGCCGAGGACCCAGCGGACAAAGUAAGAGAUGAUCUAGUGAAGCUAUGUGGGCAAGAGUGGGCAGAUACAAAAGUGUGCUGUGACGGCGACCAGAUCGAUGCGCUCAAGAGCAAUCUCGCGAAAGCGAAUGGAUUGAUCUCCGGGUGUGGAGCUUGCAAGAAGAACUUCUAUGAUCUGUUCUGUACCUUCACUUGCUCGCCGGAUCAGUCACUCUUCGUCAACGUGACCAAGGCAGAGGCGAAGGGCGAUAAGUUCAUUACGACGGAACUGGAUCAGCUUAUAGGUGAUGGUUUUGGUGCUGGGUUCUAUGAUAGCUGCAAAGACGUCAAGCUUGGCGCGACGGGAGGCAAAGCGAUCGAUCUGAUUGGAGGUGGAGCGAAGAACUACACACAGUUCCUGAAGUUCUUGGGAGACAAGAAGCCUUUUGGGAGUCCGUUCCAGAUCGACUUUCCGAGGCCAGGUGAUGGCAAGUUUGAGGGCAUGAAGCCGGUAUUGGAGGGUCCGAUACCUUGCAACACCACGGAUGAGGCGUAUCGAUGCUCUUGCGUGGAUUGCGCUGGGAGCUGCCCAAAUCUGCCAGAGGUCACGGAGGCGGAGCAGUGUACUGUGGGACUACUGCCUUGCUUGAGCUUUGCGAUUGUGGUCGUAUACUCAGUCUUCAUCACGCUGCUCGUGCUGGCUGUUACCGGUCAUGUGGCUGCUGCGAAGCGACGACAGAGCAAGAAUGAGCGAUUGCAGCUGCUUCAAGAUUCUGCUCCGAGCGACGAUCAGGACGAAGGAGACAUGGUGCAUGGUGUGGCCAUGACGGAUCGACCGACGAAGCAGUAUGUCGUCAACACAUACUGCGAUCGCGUCUUCGCCAGCCUGGCGCGAACAUGUGCAAGAUUCCCCGGAAUCACGAUUGGGACCAGCUUCAUCAUUGUUGGGCUGCUCAGUCUUGGAUGGCUACGCUUUGCUCUGGAGACGGAUCCUGUCAAGCUUUGGGUUGCGCCUGAUUCUGCAGCUGCCUCCGAAAAGAAGUUCUUCGACGACAACUUUGGGCCUUUCUUCCGCACCGAGCAGGCUUUCUUGGUCAAUGACACUAGCGAUGCUGGACCUGCGCCUGUAUUGAGCUAUAACACUCUGCAAUGGUGGUUCGAUGUUGAGAGAAGGAUAAGGGUGCAGAAGAGCUUCGGAAAUGGAUACACACUGAAGGACGUCUGCUACAACCCGACUGGUGAAGCAUGUGUGGUGCAGUCAGUUUCAGGAUACUUCGCCAGCACUGGCCUGGAUCAGGAAGACUGGGAGGAGCAGCUGAAUAGCUGUGCUGAGACACCGGGAGAUGUUCAGUGCUUGCCAGAGUUCAAGCUUCCAUUACCAGCAGAGCGCCUCUUGGGAGGAUACAACCACACUUCCCAGCAAGCCACAGCUGCUGCUGCGCUAAUCACUACCUGGGUCAUCACCAACUACAACCCUGGCGAUGAGCGACUCGAGAAGGCAGAAGAGUGGGAGGAGAGCACCAAGCGCCUUCUCAAGGACAUCACCAACGAAGCUGCCGAACGCGGCCUGCGAUUGAGCUUCAACACGGAAAUCAGCUUGGAGCAGGAACUCAAUAAGAAUACCAAUACUGAUGCCAAGAUCGUGGUCAUCAGCUACAUCGUCAUGUUCAUUUACGCUUCGCUGGCUCUCGGCAGUACGACUGUGACCGUCAGCACCAUCCUGCGAAACCCUGUCGGAGCUCUGGUUCAGAGCAAGUUCAUGCUCGGCAUUGUUGGCAUUCUGAUUGUCCUGAUGUCAGUCGUUGCCUCUGUCGGCAUCUUCGCAGCCGCUGGCGUGAAAGCGACGCUCAUCAUCGCUGAGGUCAUUCCAUUCUUGGUUCUGGCUGUUGGUGUUGACAACAUCUUCUUGAUCGUGCACGAGUUUGAGCGCGUGAACAUUAGCCACGCAGAUGAGCCGGUCUCAGAGCGUAUAGCCCGAGCACUUGGCAGGAUGGGACCAUCGAUUCUUCUCUCUGCUUCGACCGAGACUGUUGCGUUCGCGCUUGGAGCAGCGGUGGGAAUGCCAGCAGUGCGAAACUUUGCGGCGUAUGCUGCUGGAGCAGUAUUCAUCAACGCUGUGCUGCAAGUCACCAUGUUCGUGUCUGUGUUGUCGCUCAAUCAGCAGCGUGUCGAGGAUGGUCGCCUUGACUGUAUUCCUUGCGUUAAGAUACCACAGAGCCAUAGCAUGCCUGGCGGGUUUGGCGGUGCUCCGUUCAGUGCCUCGGACGAGGAGGGAUGGCUGUCGAGGUUCAUUCGCAAGUACUACGCGCCAGCUAUCCUUGGUAACAAAGCAAGAGUCGCCAUCCUGACUAUCUUCUUGGGCUUCUUCGCUGCUGGCAUUGCACUCUUGCCGGAGGUUGAGCUUGGUCUGGAUCAGCGUAUUGCCAUUCCCUCGGACAGCUACUUGAUCGACUACUUUAAUGACCUCGAUCGCUAUUUCGAGCAAGGUGCUCCGGUGUACUUUGUCGUCAAGGACCUCAAUGUUACGCAACGCCUGCACCAGCAGCAAUUGUGCGCACGAUACACGACUUGCAAGGAGUUUUCCAUCAACAACAUCCUUGAGCAAGAGCGCAAGAGGCCUGAAGUCAGCUACAUUGCAGAUGCCACCGCAAGCUGGAUUGACGACUUCUUCUCCUGGUUGAAUCCAGAAAUGGAUCAAUGCUGUGUAGAUGGCUACAAGGCCUGCUUCGAAGGACGCAACCCACCGUGGAACAACACACUUUACGGCAUGCCAGAAGGCAAGGAGUUCACCGACUACGCUAAGCGAUGGCUGAAGGCUCCUACCGGAGAAGAUUGCCCAUAUGGUGGCUCAGCUGCCUAUGGCGAUGCAGUUGUAGUCGACGACAAAGCCUUGACGAUCCCAGCCAGCCAUUUCCGAACUGCACAUACUGCACUGCACAGCCAAGCCGACUUCAUCAAUGCCUAUGCCUCUGCCCGCCGCAUUUCAAACGACAUCAGCGAGCGCCACAACAUCGAGGUGUUCCCCUACAGCAAGUUCUACAUCUUCUUCGAUCAGUAUGCGACCAUCGCGAAGACGUCUGUUGGCCUUGUUGGCGCCGCGUUGGCGUGUACGCUUGUCAUCACGAGCUUCCUGCUCGGAUCGAUUCUGACGGGCCUGGUCGUCACGAUGACUGUCAUCAUGAUUGUCGUCGACAUCGUCGGCACCAUGGCUGUCGUGGGAGUUUCCCUGAACGCGGUGUCGCUCGUCAACAUCGUCAUCUGCGUCGGCAUUGGCGUCGAGUUCUGCGCUCAUAUCGCGAGAGCUUUCACAGUGCCGUCAGCUUCUGUCCUUGAGCGUGCGCAAAGCAAAUUCGGGGGCAAGGAUGCAAGGGCUUGGGCCGCUCUUGUCAACGUCGGAGGGAGUGUCUUCAGUGGCAUCACGAUUACGAAGUUACUGGGUGUUUUCGUGUUGGCGUUUACACGGAGCAAAAUUUUCGAGAUCUAUUAUUUCAGGGUUUGGUUGAGUCUUGUGGUGUGGGCGGCGUUGCAUGCGUUGGUGUUCUUGCCGGUUGCGUUGACUCUUUUUGGUGGCACAGGUUACAUUGAUCCCGAGAGUGAUGGAGGGCUGGAGCAGGAUUUGGCGAGUCGGAGGUAUAGGGCGCUUUUGCCGGAUGAUGAGUAUGAUAGUGAUGAUUAUUGA